AGCAAAAAGUUGCAUAAGUUUUAAGUGCAGCUACAGAUUCCAUCUAUACAUCAGUUCCCCUUCUGUUAUUCUAAUCGUGCGUGUCUGUAUAUUUAUUUUUAAACGUAUAUCUAAGAUCAGGGUUCAGCAGUUAGACUAGCGGUUGUUACAUGGGCUGAUCGAUGGCGUGUGGUAAUGAGGAUAGCGUCGAGACGAUCACCACUGCGCAUGAAGGCGCAACGUCAGUCCUCCAUCCAUGUGUCGAUUCAGCCGGGCCGGUCGAAAACGGACACCUGCUAGCUAACCUCUCUGUCUAUCCUCGGUCGGAUAUUCGCACGAACGACCCUCUCUUGCCUAGGAACGCAUUUCAUGCUCGCAGCUAGAAUGUCCAAUUUGCGGAAAUUCAUAGACAUUGGAGCCAAUUUAACGGAUUCCAUGUACCAAGGGAUUUAUCACGGGUCCCAGAAGCACCAGCCGGAUUUAGACAAGGUUUUAGAGCGGAGUUGGAAGAACAAUCUCUCAAAGAUCAUCAUUACGGCUGGCAACGUAGAAGAUAGCAAGAAGGCUCUCGAAAUAGCGAGAACCGAUGACAGGCUGUAUUCGACAGUCGGUUGCCAUCCGACGCGUUGCAAUGAAUUCGAGGAAUGCAGCAAUCCAGAGGAGUACCUCAAGUCGCUGUCAGACCUGGCGUUACAUAACAAGGACAAGAUUGUCGCGAUCGGCGAGAUGGGCUUGGACUACGACAGGCUGAAUUUCUGUCCUAAGGAGAUCCAGAAGAAGUAUUUUGAGUUGCAAUUGUCGUUGUGCUCGACGUUAAAGCUACCAAUGUUCCUACACUGCCGCAACGCCAGCGACGACUUUGUACGAAUCCUGAGGAAGCACAAAAACGAAUUGACGCCGGGCGUCGUGCACUCCUUCGAUGGCAAUCCGGAGGAUGCAAAUUCCAUAUUACAAUUAGGCUUGUACAUCGGCGUCAAUGGAUGCUCAUUAAAAACAGAAGAAAAUCUUUUCGCGAUCACUACCAUUCCCUCGGAUAGGCUCAUGAUAGAGACCGAUUGCCCGUGGUGCGAGAUUAGGCCGACGCACGCGUCCGCGAAUGAUGUUAUUACGCACUUUCCGUCUGUGAAGAAAGAAAAGUGGCAAGCGGAUCAGAUGGUGAAAGGACGAAAUGAACCCUGCACAAUAGUUCAAAUAUUGGAAGUCCUAGCACGGAUCAGAGACGAAGAGGAGGAGUACCUGUGCAAUCAAAUUUAUAAGAAUACAAUGAAGCUCUUUUUCCCGUACGAAUUAUAGUGUGCAAGUAUUCAACGCUGCAAAAAAUAAGCGAACUUGGAGUGCGUUGAUGAAACACGCAUUCAUGAAAUUAAUGGACGCUUUUUAUCAGGGAUAAAAGCUGUGAACGUGUGCGCGCGGAAUAGAACGGAGAAAUGAAAAGAAUAAGACACGCUGCUGAAACUCUAUUGAAGGGAGGAAAUGAAGACACUCAUUUUUACAUACGUGGCUUUAUGGAAGUGGCCAAUGUCACUAUCCACACAGAUCUCUCUUCCCAUGUAAAACUUUAAUAUAUUCUUG